AUGAGCAACGUCACUCUUUCCGACCUCAAGUUCGUGAAACCUUCCACAGUGAAGUCGUGGUUUGAUCAAGGCGCCAACUUUGCUGUGGUUGACGUGAGAGACUCCGAUUUUGCUGGCGGCCAUAUCCGCGGGUGCUGGCACUACCCAGCCAAUGAGUUUCCUUCAAAGCUAGCUGAGGUUCGACUGAGGCUAGAGGAGAAGGAAGUGGAGAAUGUAGUUUUCCACUGUGCUCUAUCGCAGGUUCGGGGCCCCAAAGCAGCCCUCUUGUUCUUGAGGUUUCUUGAAGACCAGCCUGACGACCACAAAAAUGUCAAUGUGUAUGUGUUGGAAGGAGGUUUCACCAGGUGGGCCCGGAAGUACGGAGAGGAUGCUUCUGUGACAGAGGGUUUUGCGUCAGACAUAUGGAACGAAUGA